AUAUCGGGUCCGUCAGUUGUUAGUGCUUGCUUAUUAAAUAAACUUCUGUUCGCAGAGGAUAUCCGCAUCGGGAUAGCAGCCAUUUAUCUCAUUUAAUUCGGACCAACACGUUAUCUCUAGUGAUUUCGGAUUCAAAUGCAAUUACGCCUGAGUUGCACCCGGAGAAUGUGUGAAGUGCUGCCCCCCACUGCCUAAGCAUGAACCGCUAUAUCACGCUGACCCAACUGGGAGAUGGCACCUAUGGCACCGUGGUCCUGGGCCAGCGCAAGGACACCGGCGAGAAGGUGGCCAUCAAGCGCAUGAAGCGCAAGUACUACUCCUGGGAGGAGGCCAUGAAUCUGCGCGAGGUUAAGUCCUUGAAGAAGUUGUCGCAUCCGAACAUUGUCAAGCUAAAGGAGGUGAUACGGGAGAACGAUACCCUGUACUUUGUGUUUGAGUACAUGAAGGAAAACCUCUAUCAGAUGAUAAAAGACAGAGAUACUCAUUUACCCGAACCGGAGCUCAAGAGUAUUCUCUUCCAGGUCCUUACUGGUCUGGCCUUCAUGCAUCGUCAUGGAUUUUUCCACCGCGACCUCAAACCGGAGAACCUGCUCUGCUCCGGCCCAGAUCUCAUCAAGAUAGCCGACUUUGGCCUGGCCAGGGAGAUCCGAUCAAGACCUCCGUUUACGGACUACGUAUCGACGCGUUGGUACCGUGCACCGGAGGUACUGCUGCACUCCACCAACUACGGCAGCACCAUUGAUCUCUGGGCCAUGGGCUGCAUUAUGGCCGAGCUCUACACCUUUCGUCCGCUCUUCCCCGGAAGCAGUGAGGUGGAUCAGCUCUUCAAGAUCUGCUCCGUGCUGGGCACUCCAGAGAAGGACGAUUGGCCGGAUGGAUAUCGCCUGGCGAGCAUGAUCCACUUCCGCUACCCGGACUGCAUCAAAGUGCCACUGAGCAGCGUCGUCAGUCGCUGCAGCCAAAAUGGAUUGGAUCUGCUGGAGGAUAUGCUGGCCUACGAUCCCGACAAGCGUCCCACGGCGCAGCAGAGUCUGAAGUAUCCAUACUUUCACGCCCUCAAGCGGAUAUCGCCCACGGCGGCCACCAAGGCCAAUGUACGGCUGAGCUCCAAGUAUGGGGCCACCAAUGGGCAUCCGGUUCAGACGGUCUCCAACAAUGUGCUUCCGGUGCAGGAGAAGCUGCAGGCGGUCACCGAGUUGCUGCACCAGACCAACAACAACAUGAACGGCCACUCGAAUCUGGGCAAGAACAACAAUCUGGCGGCCAAGAAUGGCGGAGUGCCCAGAAAGUACCAACCGAAGUUGAGCUUCCUGACCGGCAGUGAGUUGGGUGCGGGCUCACAUGCGGACACCUCCAGUCUGGGUGGAGCCACAGUGGACGGAGUGGCGGGGCCACAGCUCCAGAACGGAGGAGAGUCCAUCAACGACAUCUACCUGAACCGCAACAUCUCACAGCUCUUCGGAUUGCCAGCGGGCAAUCCGCAGCACCACCAGCAGCAGGUGCACCACCCCAACGUCUCCUUCAGCACCACCACGUCCCGGAAUGCAGGCGCCAUCUAUGUGAAUGGCAGCCACCUCAGCUACGACACGGCCAACAUGAAUGCCAAGAACAAUGCCAAGUUUGUGGUGGGCGCUUCCAAUGGCGGCUACUACGUGCCCGUGGCCAGGCCACCUCUCCUCGGUACCGAUGCCAAGGUCUACAACGUGUUCUCCAAGGUCAGUGCCAGCCAGGCUCCACCGAGCCUCAUUGUGCGUCAGCCGCAACUGCAGCCGGAGAUGGCUCCUCCGCCCAUGCGCCUCUCGGGAAGAUCGCGAGCGGCGGCUCAGGACCCAAAGAUGGGCGCUCUCAAGUCUGACGAUCUGGACCUGAUACUGGGUUCCAAGCUGAAAACCUCCGCCAAACGACAGCGCAAUGCCAAGGCCAACAUCCUGCUGGAGGACCUGUUCGGACAGCUGUCCAUGGACUCGGACAGCGAUGGCAAGUAUCCGCACACGGUGCCGCCCACGCAGCAGGCGAAGAGCGGGAAGACGUCGACCGGCGGUCGCGGACCCGCAGCUGGACCGCGGGAGCGGGAUCUCUUCGGGGAGAGCUUCCUGCCCAGGCCGGGAUUGCGGAAGAAGGCCACCCAGAGCAGCCUGGAGGUGAACAACGGCAGCCACGCGGACUCGCUAGCUCCAAUCGCACAAAAGGAAAAGCCCGCUGUGGCGUCCAGUUUCCCCUGGGAUGAGUCCAACAAGACGGAGGACGAGAAGCUGACGGCUUGGAUGGUGGCCGAGAAUGGAUCGCUGCUGGAGAACAAAUUCUGAGAAGAUCGACUUGCAAGAUGCCGUUGUACCUGAAACAGAAUGGAACUACUUUAAGUGCCUAUUGAUCUGCGUAAUCCCGAACUGAAUCCAAAAUCCAUAUCACCA